AUGCUCUCCGCCCUCCAAAACCCACGGCAAGCCGCCGCGCAGAUCCUCAACUUCGGCCUCAUUCUCUCAACCGCAUUUAUGAUGUGGAAAGGCCUCUCCGUAAUCUCAGACUCCCCAUCACCGAUUGUCGUCGUGCUUUCCGGAUCCAUGGAGCCUGCGUUCCAACGAGGAGAUCUACUGUUUUUGUGGAAUAGGAAUUUCAUGGAGGAGACCAAGGUCGGGGAGAUAGUGGUGUAUAACGUGAAAGGGAAGAAUAUCCCGAUUGUUCAUCGGCUGGUGCGGAAGUUUGGCGUUGGGGAGGCAGCGAAGUUACUUACUAAAGGCGACAACAACUCGGCCGAUGACACUGAAUUAUAUGCCAAAGGACAGGAUUACAUCGAGCGAAAAGACAUCAUCGGAAGCGUGGUGGCAUACAUCCCUUUCGUAGGGUACGUAACCAUCCUCUUGAGCGAGCACCCGUGGUUGAAGACGGUGAUGUUGGGGAUAAUGGGACUGGUAGUCGUUUUGCAGCGAGAAUAG